CAUAGUACAGGAACAACUGUAGGAAUGACAAGUCCCCAACUGUGACCUCUCUUCUGUGGGAACGUGAGUGUGCUCGUUCAGUUUUAAAGUUUACACGAUGUGCGGCAUAUGGGCGCUAUUCGGCAGCGAUGAAUGCCUUUCGGUCAAGUGCACCAGUGCCAUGAAGAUAGCGCACCGCGGGCCGGAUGCGUUCCGCUUCGAGAAUGUCAACGGCUACACCAACUGCUGCUUCGGCUUCCACCGGCUGGCUAUCGUGGACCAGCUGCACGGCAUGCAGCCGCUGCGGAUCAAGAAGUUCCCCUUCUUGUGGCUCUGCUACAACGGCGAGAUCUACAACCAUCACAGACUGAAGGAGGUGUUUGAGUUUGAGCACCAGACUGAAGGGGACGGAGAGAUCCUUCUGCACCUGUAUGAUCGCUUCGGCAUCGAAAAGAUGGCGUCUUUGCUGGAUGGAGUGUUUGCCUUCGUGCUGCUGGACACGGCUAACAAGAAGGUGUUCCUGGGCAGAGACACGUAUGGCGUCAAGCCCAUGUUCAAACUGCUCACCGACGAUGGCUUCCUUGCAGUGUCCUCCGAGGCCAAAGGCCUGACUGAGAUCACCCACUCCAUGGCUUCUCAGGUGAGGGUGGUGCCCUUUCCCCCGGGACACUUUGAGGCGUUCAACCUGAAACUGUCGGGGAAGGUGGAGUCCAUCCAGAUGGACCAGUUCCACAGCUGUGUGGACGAGCCGGCCCACAGCAUCUACGACAGCGUGGGGAAGCUGCCCUCAGGCUUCCAGCUGGAGAUGGUGAAGAGCAACAUCAGGACGCUGUUUGAGAACGCCGUCAAGAAACGCCUGAUGGCCCACAGGAGGAUCGGCUGCCUCCUCUCAGGUGGCCUGGACUCCAGUCUAGUGGCGGCCACACUGGUGAAGUUGGCCAAGCAGGAGAAGUUGAAGUACCCCGUCCAGACCUUCGCCAUCGGCGCUGAGGACAGCCCUGACAUUCAGGCCGCACGCAAGGUGGCUGCAUACAUAGGCAGUGAACACCACGAGGUCUCCUUCACCCCUGAGGAAGGGAUCAAAGUCGUAAAGGAAGUUAUCUUUCAUCUGGAGUGCUAUGACAUCACCACCAUCCGCUCCUCCGUAGGCAUGUACCUGGUGUCUAAGUUCAUCCGUGAGAAGACAGACAGUGUGGUCAUCUUCUCCGGGGAGGGGGCAGACGAACUCACUCAGGGAUACAUCUACUUCCACAAGGCUCCCUCCCCUAAAGCAGCAGCUGAAGAAAGUGUUCGUCUGAUGAAGGAGCUCUACUUGUUUGAUGUGCUGAGGGCAGACCGCACCACUGCUGCUCAUGGGCUGGAGCUCAGAGUGCCUUUCCUGGACCACAGAUUCACUGCCUACUACCUGUCCUUACCUGAGGAGAUGAGAGUUCCCAAGGACGGUGUGGAGAAGUUUCUGCUGCGAAGUGCCUUUGCGGGUGAGAACCUCAUCCCAGACGAUAUUCUGUGGAGACGCAAGGAGGCCUUCAGCGAUGGCAUCACAUCUGUCAAGAAGUCCUGGUACACCAGCCUUCAGGAGCACAUCGAGUCUGAGGUGAAUGACUCCGAACUAGAGAUGGCUGCAAAGACAUUCCCCUUCAACCCCCCCAAAACCAAAGAGGGCUACUACUCCAGGCAGAUCUUUAAGGAGCUCUACCCUGGAGGCUGCGAGUGGACUCCCCACUACUGGAUGCCCCGCUGGAUCAAUGCCACCGACCCCUCCGCCAGAACCCUGUCCAUCUACACACCCGACAAGGACCUGUAGGAACGCUCCACUAGAACCCUGUUAAUCUACAAUUCGGACUUCAAUUCAAUUCUAUUCAAUUUUAUUUAUAUAGUGCAAAAACAAUAUAAUUGUCUCUAGGCGCUUCACAGAGCCCAAGCUUGAACCCCUCUUCUAUCUACAAAUCACACAAGGACUUGUAGAGUCCAACAAAACACCUUUCAUCUACACACACACACUGGAGCCAUUUAUUAUUGAACAGACCUCUGCAGGAGUGCAAACAAACCAAUACACACACACACACACAGACACAAAGACAGACACACACACACACACACACACACACACACACACACAAAUGUAAACGCACACACACACAUGCACACACACACACAUACACACACACACCCCAAUAUGCUAUGACCACCAUGUGACCAGUAGGCUCCCAUCUGUCAGUCCAUGUCGUGUUCCGGAUCCCCUUCUUCUGAAUCCCUUCAUCUUGUCAGCCAUCUUUUGUUCUUUUCCUAAAUCACCCGUAAGAUCCAGAGCUGUUAUAUUGUGCGAAAGAGUGGAUGAAUCUAGACCUAUGCUGACUGUUAAUUGCACUAUUGUAAAUAUUAUAUGCACUAUCAAAACCCAGAUGCCUCCAGGAGGUAGGGUAACAGUCCCUUAAUACAUUAGUAGAUUGAAUAAUUCAUAAUUGCACUUUAAAGUGGAGGAUGCAUCCCCAGAUAGAAAGGGAACAUUUUACAAUAGAGAUCUAUGGAAAACAGAAAUGUUAUGUGGUGUCCACCGAAAAAAUAAAUUGUUUUUCUGCAGCUCUCAGUGAUGUCUAAGGUAAUCUAUGGGUUAGGCAGUGUCACUGUUUGCCACCAGGUGGCGAUACAUCUACACGAUUAAACAUAAUAUUCAGAGAAGGAGCGUCAGCGCAUCAUAAGAAAGAUGUUCUGGACACCAAUAAAGAAAAUGUAUUGUAAUAUAAUAGGCCACAGUUACACACAAGUGCAAGACUGUCAAUAUGCACUUCAAACCUUGGAUCACACAAGGUGAUGGCAAAAACGGCAGAAGUAGGUAAGGUGAAAACUAAAACUGUUUUGGCGACAGAGAGAUGGCACGGAUGGGGCACUAAACAGUGGGGUUGGCAGUGCAAUUUCUGCAUGCGUCCUGAGCUAAAGCUGUGAUUUGCGACAUCUCUGCGGUCAUAACCCAACA